AUGACCAGACAAUAUUUUGUUGGACAACAUCUCGAUGACAUGACAAUCGGCAAUGGUACCCGUAACCAAUGGAAUCGAUGCAAGAAGACCAAACAUGAUAGCACCGAGCGACGCUUGGCCGAGAGGCUGCAACGACCACUCCAAGGGCUGACACAGGCGAGCGGGUACCACUGUCGUGGCUGUGCCUUCCAGAGGUUCAGCGAGUCAAAGCUGAGAUGGGGGGAAGAUGAAGAGGGGCCAGGCACUGCCAUAAGACAUGGAGGAGACACCAUAGGGGGACUGUGGGUACUGGAGAUAGGCCUCGAGGUUGAGGGUGUCGCAAGAGUGGCGUCGUUGUUGGGUGGAGAGGAGGCAUCAUUCCAUCAUUGGGUGAGGCUAAAGCCGGAGCGGUCGUCGUCAUUGUCUGCCAAGGCUGAGGGCAGUCUCAUCGCUGGGAUGGGGAUCCCAGAUGUUAUCAUCAUUGGGACAAACUGGGGUACUAGGUCAGAUGCAGCUGGGGUAGAGGAACAAAAAUAA